ACAGUUAGGCAGACGUCACUGAUGAGAGUCGGCGAGCCACGAAGGACCCAUGCGACUGAAGCGCUGGAAAUCCUAAAAGAGAGUGAACUGGGAAAGUAUUGGGAGAGGUUAUAUUCCUGGGAUCGUAAAGUUUCGUAUUAAAUAUUUAGGAUACUCCACUCCGUAACCCGGAUAACAUGUUAAACACCAAGAACCCACUGGGCGAAAAAGCGAGCGAGUGAUGGGGAGAGGAACACCUGUGAUGUGGUUAUCAGUCGCCGAGCACUGAGAGAUUGUGUACCAACAUAUCUCUGUAAUUUGUGCGAAUCGAAAGUGCAACUGUACUUGUGUAUCAGUUAGGUCUGCGGGUUUGAGUUCACUCCUCUGCGUCCGUUUUAUUUAGUCUACUGUUCCUGGUACCAAACCCAGGCGAAGCAGAUCUGCCACAGACGAGACGAGUACCUGAAAGCGGGAUGAUAAUAGAUAACCUGACUAUAGGGCAUAGGAUUUAAUUUCCCGUACACAGGCAGUGUCUGUGUUGGCAUUAAGAACAAUGAAGAGGAGAGCGGAUUUUGUGGAGCCGCAGAAGAAACAGCUGAAACAUUUUGAGGAUCUGGGCCUGAACCUGAGUUCUACGUCCGACGAUGAGCCACAGUACACUAACUACGUCAGUCAAGACCCCUCAAGCAGCAGUAGUGACUCUGGCAGUGACUCGGAGGAGCACCGACCUGUCUUUGGCGACCCUCUACAAUCCCAGCAUGCAUCUCAACCAGAGUCCACGCUGGAGGGCUCCUCUAAUCGAUACGCUAUGUUCAACAGCGUCUCGCAGAAACUCAUGGCUAAGAUGGGUUUCAGGGAAGGAGAAGGUCUUGGUAAGUUUGGCCAGGGCCGGAAAGAGAUAGUGGAGGCGUCAACGCAGCGUGGCAGGCGUGGUCUGGGGCUCAUGCUCAAGGGAUUCCAAGGAGAGCUCAAUGUGGACUGGGAAGAUGAGCCGCAGCCUAGUGCAGUGGAGCAAGUGAACUGGUUCCCAGAGUGCUCUACGGAGGUCGCAGAUGCUCAGGAGCUAAGGGAGUGGAUGACUGUAGGGAAGAGAAAGUUGAAGAUUGAGGAUGAAAUAGAGUUUUGCAGUGAAGAUCUUUUACACACUCUUCUGCGUUGCAAGAGCGUGUUUGAUGAGUUGGACGGGGAGGAGAUGCGUCGUGCUCGAACCCGAUCCAACCCUUAUGAGACCAUACGCGGAGCCUUCUUCCUCAACAGAGCUGCAAUGAAGAUGGCCAACAUUGACCAUGUGUUUGAUAACAUGUUCACCAACCCUAAAGACUUGCAAGGGAGACCCCAGGCGAGGGAGCGUGAUGCAGAGUUGCUGUAUUUCGCGGAUGUGUGUGCCGGCCCUGGAGGAUUCUCUGAAUACAUCCUGUGGAGACGCCGCUGGCACGCUAAGGGCUUCGGCAUGACGUUGAAGGGGCCCAACGACUUCAAGCUGGAGGACUUCUUUGCAGCACCCAGUGAGCUCUUUGAGCCCUACUAUGGUGAGGGGGGUGUUGAUGGUGAUGGUGACAUCACACGCCCAGAGAACAUCAGCGCAUUCCGGAACUUCGUUCUGGAGAACACCGAGGGCAAGGGGGUGCACUUCCUGAUGGCUGAUGGGGGGUUCUCUGUGGAAGGACAGGAGAAUAUUCAGGAGAUCCUUAGCAAACAGCUGCUUCUGUGCCAGUUCCUGACAGGGCUGUCUGUCAUCAGGACAGGUGGCCAUUUCCUCUGCAAGACAUUUGACCUGUUCACCCCGUUCAGUGUGGGCCUGAUAUACCUGCUACACUGCUGCUUCGAGCGGAUAUCCCUGUUCAAACCUGUUACCAGCCGCCCCGCCAACUCCGAGAGGUAUGUGGUGUGCCGUGGUUUGAAGCCUGGGAUAGACGCGGUGAGGGAGUAUCUCUUUGCAGUGAACCUAAAGCUGAACCAUCUCAAGAACACUGAGAAGGACGUGAACCUGGUCGUGCCGCUUGACAUCCUGAAGGGGGACACUGAAUUUUACGAGUACAUGAUUCACUCCAACGAGAGCCAUUGUGCUGUCCAGAUAAAAGCUCUUGCAAAAAUCCGCGCCUUUGUUCUGGACACAACGCUGUCAGAGACGAAGCAGGCAGACAUUCGCAAGGAGUGCCUCAAACUCUGGGGGAUCCCGGACCAGGCCAGAGUGACGCACUGCUCAACAGACCCCAAGUCCAAGUUCUUUGAGCUGAUGAAGGGCUCUGAUAUCGAGUCGUUCAACUACAAGCCCACUCCUCUGAACUCCAAGACCAUUGAGAAGAUUCAUCACGUCCUGGAUUACCGCUGCAUUGUGGGAGGAGCAGAGCAGAUGUUUCUGCUGGGGCUGGGGAAAUCUCAGAUCUACACGUGGGAUGGGAAGCCACCAGUGCGAUGGAAGAAGCUAGAGAACUUAAAGACAGAGCUGCCGAGAGAGACACUGCUGUCUGUAGAGAUUGUGCAAGAACUGAAGGGAGAGGGCAAAGCUCAGCGAAGGAUCAACUCUGUGCACGUCCUGGAUGCUCUUGUUCUCAAUGGCACAGAUAUCCGGGAUCAACAUUUUAACCAACGAAUUCAGAUGGCCGAGAAGUUUGUGAAAGCCGUUUCCAAACCCAGCCGCCCUGACAUGAACCCCAUCCGAGUGAAGGAGGUGUACAGACUGGAGGAGAUGGAGAAGAUCUUUGUGAGGCUAGAGAUGAAGCUGACGAAGAGCUCAGGAGGAUUUCCACGGCUGUCCUACACGGGGCGGGAUGACAGACACUUUCUGCCCACUGGCCUCUACAUCAUCAAGACUGUCAAUGACCCCUGGACGAUGGCCUAUAGUAAAAACUCCAAAAGGAAGUUCUUCUAUAACAAGCUGAGCAAAGAGUCGACUUAUGACCUGCCGACCAAUGCUGUGGCCCCCUUCCAUGUUUGCCACCUUGAGCGCCUUUUCUGGGCAUGGGUGGAGGGGGUCAAAGUUCAUGACUCUCAGACCCGGGUUGACGCUGAUAAGCUGUCCAAGAAAGAUGUUCUUGCUUUCAUCCGGGCUCACCACCAUACCUGACCAACGUGCAACCCUGCGUCCUGGCUACUACACACCCUGGACCCCAACUGCAGCCCUCUCUCUGCCCCAUCACCCUCCAGAACCAUGGAGAAUGAUUCCCACAGAACCACAACCCUCAGCCAGCCUCCAUUCCCAGCUCGUCUAAUCCACAUAUAUCUACAGUCACAAGUUACCACAUGAUUGGAGCCCUCUACAGUGUCUAUGAACAACUGACUAUACGCUUGUUUUAACAUGCUUAUAACAAGUGAAUAAAUAGGUUUUCUGUAAAAGUGGCAGAAAAAUAACAAUGUAGUUCAAGAGGGCUCAUUGUAUCUGGACCCUUUAAACUGGGAUAGCGCUCCUGUAUAUUACACCUUCUCUCCCAUUGCAGGAACUGUUUCAUGUGCUUUUUAGUUUCUGUACAGCUUUGAUUUAUUGCUGCCUCAGUCAGGCUGCACCACAGUUACAGUACAGUACAGGGUGGCUCAGCAUGAGAUGUUUACCCUCUUAACACCUUCAGCUCCAGAAUAUCUGUUUUCUGACCACUCCCGUAUGUCCUUUGGCAUCAGGAAUCUGGAUAGUGCGUUCACAGCUUUGAUUGUUUCAGCUGUGUGCCGUGUUUACAGGAUGUCAUUGCUGUGCACAAGUGCAGUGGUGUACCUGGGAGCAGUGCGAAUGUGAAAGUGGUAUAAUUAUGUACUCUCCUGCCUAACUAUUUUUCAGUGAUGAACCCUGCACCGUGCUUAGCCGUGACAUCUGUGCCAGGAUCCCUGAACACAUGGCCCCCUCACUUAUCACUGAGGAUAAAGGCGCCAUAGGAAAUCCGCAGCUUCCCAACUGCCCAAGAAAGAUUCUUCAGGCAUCUGCACCCCAACUCUGUUGUCUGUAAACAAGGCCUCUCUUUCUCAUAACACUUUUUAAAUGAGGGCAUAUGAUUAUUGAUCAGUUUCCUUAUUUGAGAAGGAUUACAAGAACCAGCACUUAGUAUGCGGUCACAAUUUACAGACCACCUAAGGAGAACACAAAGACCAGCUGUGAUUAAAACCAGCAGAGCAGCUGUACUGGAAGCCAUGGGCAAACUCGCUCAAACAGUGAGGCUGGGCGGAAAACAGUUUAACUCUGCUACUUGUAAUCGAUUGAGAAAUCCACUGUAGAUCAUACAUUUUAGAACACUUGCCAUUUCUGCUUUUUUCUCUACCUGAUUUUAUUUUUUUUUUAAUCAUUUUAAGUAUAUUGUGUGCACUGUUCACUAUAACCUCACAGGUGUGAGAUGCAGGGGCAGUGCCAAAUUUGAACUGGAUCAGUCCUGCUCACUGCCUCUCCUCCACAGCACUGAAAUACCCCGGCUUCCUCUGUACCUCUUUCCUUUUGAGGGAGCUGCUUGCAAAGCGGCACUGCAGCUGAAGUUUAAGUUCAGAUCCUUUCUUGUCUUGUUUUGAUUUAGUUUGUGUCAUAGUGAAUGUUGAGUGAGUUCUUCCUUUCAUUGUCAGAUGACCUGACGAAAAAAAAGUUUGCGCUCAAAGGCUUUUGAUAAAUUUACACAUGUACACAAUACUUUGAUGAUGGGAGUUUUCUGUCAAUUUAAUUGAGCAUGUGUUCAACGUUAGAGAAUGGUAUUGAAGUUAUAUUUUCAAAAUAUACAGUGGCAUCAUAUUAAAU